AAGCAUUCUAGUAUUGUUCAGGGCCUUCAGGCUGCCAGAACUUGUGACAGAGAUAUCCUCAGGUACGACUGUUGGAUGUUGAGCUUUGAACUUUCGGUCUACACUGUAGACUAAUUUUCUGUUACCAUUAUGGAAGUGGAAAACUCGUCCAAACUCAUUCGUCGACGUUCCUCAAAACCCUAAGGCCCGGAUUCCUACUGAAUUUCUCCAAAUGAUGGAUUAGCAGGUCUCCCUAUAUGAAACUUGAUUUCGGUGUUUAUGAUCGUGUUUCAUACGUGGUCAUGUCUCUGCUGGGACAUACGCACUGAACACAGAAGUCGGCAAGAGAGAAAUAGGAGUCUUGAGGUCAACUUCAGACUUCAAUGCCCAGGCCAAGCCUGACAAAGAUAGAAUUUAGGAUUGCACUAUUUAACGAUUCUACACAGUCUGUACGAUUCUCGUUCUUUCCCCAUCUUCCGUCGCGUUCUAUCUUCUAUCAUUUCACAUCCUGAAUGGCCCCAGUUAAGAACGGUCGAGUCGUCUUUAACGAGAUCCCAACGGGAUUUCCGGAUCCCAAAAGAACCGUUAUAUACGAUGAGCCGCAGGUUAUCGACCCAGACACCGUGCCUCUCAAUGGCGAGUACAUCAUCAAGACCCUCGUGCUCUCUAUCGAUCCUUACAUGCGAGGACGAAUGAGAGAUCCCGACAUCGAGAGCUAUGCGCCCCCUUUAAUUCUCGGUAAACCUCUCGACAACUACGGCGUUGGUAGAGUCCUUCGUUCUGAGAACCCCUCAGUUAAGCCGGGCGACCAUAUCUACGGAUUGCUCCCCUUCCAACACUAUACUAUUCUCAAGGAUCUGGAGGGCCUACGUAUCCUCGAAAACAAGGAGAAGCUCCCCUGGUCUGCCUAUGUUGGCGUUGCCGGAAUGCCCGGCCAAACGGCCUAUUGCGCUUGGAAGGAGUACGCACACGCUAAACCAGGCGAGACCAUCUUCAUCACGGCUGGCGGUGGACCCGUUGGUUCAACUGUAAUCCAGAUCGCGAAACGCGACGGUCUGAAAGUCAUUGGCUCCGCCGGUUCCGCCGAGAAGAUUGAGUUCAUGAAGAAAAUCGGCGCUGAUGUUACAUUCAACUACAAGACGACCAAACCUGCGGAGGUCCUCGCCAAGGAGGGGCCCAUUGACAUCUAUUGGGACAACGUCGGUGGCGAAUCCCUCGAGGCCGCUCUCGAGUACGCCAACCCGUCUGCCCGCUUCCUCAUGUGCGGCGCGAUCACCCAAUAUAACACCGAGCCCUACUUCGUCAAGAACCUCAUUCACAUCUUCGCCAAGGAGCUGAAGCUUUACGGUUUCCUCGUCUUCACCCUUCUUUCCAAAUACGCAGAUGAGUUCUACCGCGAGUGGCCUAAACGGGUCGCGAGCGGCGAGAUCAAGUACAAAGAAGACCCGAAAUUUGGAUUGCAAUACACCGGACAGGCAAUCUAUGAAGUGCAGAAGGGUUUGAACAAGGGAAAGAGUGUUAUUAUUGUUAGCCAGGAGUAGGUCUGCUUAAUCAACAAAAGGGGAUAUAAAAGAAGUGCCUCUACAUUGUAUUAUAUCUGCAAUCAUGGACUUCCAAGUUAUCGCCUUCCUAUUGAUUCAAUUGCAAGAUGAAUUUCCCGAAAAUGACAAUCACGUAUAAAGUCGACGUCAGAGGUGAAUGUCAUUGAAAGUCGCGUCAGUGAGAGGCCUUGAUCAAAUCAGCACAUUUUUCUGCAACCACCACUGCAGGUGCCAUAGUAUGGGUAGCCAGAGUUUCCGUGAAGAUCGAGGUAUCACAAACUCGAAGACCGCCUAUCCCGUGUACUCUAAGCUCGUCAUCCACAACCCCCGGUCUCAAAUCAUCGAGAGGCGCCAUCCGACAGGUUGAACUAUAAUGGUACGCGCUGCGCACAUUCUUCCGUAUGAAAUUAUCGAAUUCUUCUUCUGAAACAUCCGUGGUUCGAGGGUGACGAGCGUUUCCCAGGGGAUAACCACUCUUCUGAACAUCCUCUGCGAGAUGUUCCACAAACCGGGCAGCAGAACGAAAGGCAGACAGGUCGUCUGGGUGACUCAAGUAGUUGACAUCCACAAUUGGGCGAUCACGAGGGUUCGUGGAGGAGAGUCGGACUGAACCGACUGAACGUGGCUUGAUCAAGCAGCUCAGGUAUGUGAAGACUCCAAUACUCCAGUCCAUUGGGUCAGUUUCGUAUUCUUGAACCUGGUUAGGGCAUAGCAUGAUCUCCAUAUCAGGGACCUUGUCCUGGUUGCCAGAGUCAAACUCUACGGAGCUGCUUGUGUCAAGACUGCCGUCGUUCCUUACGAGGGAUGUUCGGAAAAACAGGCUGAAUUGCAUGAGGGGAUAUGCAAACAAGCCGACGCUCAAGAAGAGGUACUUGAGGAACUCGAUCAGUGCAAGAAGCGGGCUGCUGAAU